CCGCCACGCAUGUAAACUGCUGAUGGAUGUGUUUCAAAUCGUUCACGGAGAAGAGUCCGGCCCAGCUCAUUUGAGGGUCGCCCAGGACGGCAACUUCGCCCCUGCGUUUCUGCCGUUGCAACGUCCGGUUGUGGCAGUUUCUGGGUGAGGGUUGGAGUGCUUGCACAGCUGACUUGUCGGACACCACAGUUGGCCUGAAAUGCUUGCUUAGAACAGACUGGUUUAGUGAAUUAUCCAGUCACUCUCGUCAUGGACCUGUAUGAGAUCAGAGGAGGUAGACUGGAUGUGAUUGCAGAGGAAGUCGAACACCCGGAGUUAAGCAGAGAGUCGAAUAUCAUGGAGCCCCACAGCGUGGUUUCAGACAAAGAAGAGAGGACAAACCGAGGAGUUUCCACCUUCCAGAGGUUCUCUGUUGACACCAUCGAGUCUCUUCGUUCUGAGCCCCGUGAGGACAGCUCUCCAUCUCCCACUGGAGCAGAUGACAGACAUGAUGACGAAAAUGUGUUUAAGGAGGGAGAAACUGAGAGUGAGACCGUCGCAAUCAGGGAUCGGUUGCAGGGGAAGGUUGCGGAGAUGGAGAGCUUUGCGGGUCAUCUGGAGGAAAUCUUUCUCACAGUGGAGGAGAAUUUUGGCCGUCAGGAGCAACACUUGGAGCAGCACUACAACGAAGUGUUACAGACGUUGUCUCAGCGGUACGACGAGAGGUCGACCGGAGUGGAGGAGGAGAAGAAGGGCAAGCUGGAAGCCUUGUAUAAUCAGCUGCUGGCUUGUGGUCAGGCCAUGGAUGCCUCCAAGGAGCUCAUCGAGACGGCCCAGGAGAUCUACCGCUGCCAGGACAAGAGACUUUUCCUGAAGACAGUUAUGCCCACCAUUAAAAGAAUCGAGGAGUUUGCCAAGGAGGAGAUUAACCUGACAUUGGCUACACAUCUUGAGUUUAACACAUCACUUUCUGACCUGUCAGAUGUCAAAACCAUGAUGGACUCCAUCAAUGUUGUUCCAGCUCCAUCUGCCCCAGUGAUCAACCCCCAGAUACCCAACUCUGCCACCCAGACGUCACUGCGCGUGUGCUGGAGCCUGUUCUCUGACGACACGGUGGAGUUCUAUGAGCUUUACUACAGACCAGUGCUGGAGGACAUGCCAACAGACAGCAGCUGUGCACCACACGUAUACAAGGUAAAAGUGAAGGAGACCCACUGCACGGUGACAAAUCUGCUGCCCAACGCGCAGUAUGAACUGUGGGUGACGGCUACCAACACCACCGGCAUCAGCCCAGCGAGUGAGAAGGCCUUAUACAUGACAGUGCCGUCACCUCCAGUGAUCAAGCAGAAGGAGUGCAGUAGCUGUCCAGAGGCUGCUCUGAUCCGCUGGGAGUCGGGAAACACCAACCCCGUAGACUCUUACACUGUGGAGCUCAGUGAGACGGGCACUGCUGGCACACAGAGCGGCAUUACUGAGUCCAUAGUAGCCGUGCCCACCUGUCAGUGUCUGAUCCAGCUGCAGACAGGACGCCGUUACCUCAUCUCUGUGAGAGCAGUCAACAUUGGCGGGCCCAGUGACAGGAGUGAAGUUAUUACCGUCUCCACAACAGGUACAUUCUUCUACCUCCAGGAGGACAGUGCCCAUCCCUGCUUGUCCAUCUCUGAAGAUGGCUUCACCAUAUUUUAUGGGGAUGAGGAGCUGCCAAUUGGCGCCAUGGCCUUAGAUGGCAACACCUUCACCAGAUGUGUAGCUGUCCUGGGGGAUCUGAUUCCAGUGCGAGGUAGGCACUACUGGGAAGUUGAGGUGGACGAUGAGACAGAAUUUAGGAUCGGCGUUGCAUAUGAAGACACAGAGAGGAACGCCUUCCUCGGAGCCAACAACACCUCGUGGUGUAUGAGACACGUUCUUACUCCAACCAGGCAUAAAUAUGAGUUUCUGCACAAUGGCUGGAGUCCUGACCUGAGGAUUACAGUGAACCCAGUGAGGAUAGGAGUGGCACUGGAUUACCACAGGGGAACUCUGUCCUUCUUUAAUGUGGAUCUCGAACAACACCUGCACACCUUCCACUGUCAUUUCCGAAAUUAUGUCCAGCCCUGCUUUGGAAUGGACAAUUCAGGAGCUCUCACUGUACACAAUGGCAUAGAGGCUCCCGAGUACGCGUUCAUCUGACACCAGACAUCUAGUAGUAACAUGAAAUAAAACUCAGAGCUGGUAGGAAGUGAAAUAACUUUGUUUUUAAUACUUACCAAAGUUCUGGGAGACACACUCAAUGAAGAAAACCCAAAUUCAUUUAAAAACAAAGAAACAUUUCAACAGUAUAAAAUGUGUGGCAUCUAUAGACAGUAAGGGGUUUUCAGUUGUUUUUAUUAUAGUAUUCCAUGGGAACCGGCUUACACCAUUUUCCAAGAUAAGAAAAGGUUUCACUGAAUUUUACAAUAUGUAUUUAUAGCAUUGGCAACUGCAGCACAACAAGUGUUUAAAUUAAAAUGGAUGGGGGAGGGGUUGUUUAUGAUUGACAAAAGAUGCUCUGAAAAAUGAAUAAAAGUGUUUUAAGAAACAAAA